AAAUAUACCCUCAAAAAACGAAUUACUUCCGAGUAUUCUCCGAAAUCGCCCGAAAUAAGCCUCCGAGCAGUGAAGUCACCGUCAAACUGAGCGCUGAUUGGAUGAAACUUUGCGGAAAAAUAAUGAAGUUUUUUAGACUUUCAAGAUCUCAGGUCUCAAGUAUACAACAAAAUGCAGAUUUCAAGAUAAAGUCAAUGCUAUCAAUGCAAUGGACGCCAAAGAAAGGUUUAUCAAGCUCUGGGCUAAAAACUUUGGAGAGGAAGAACUGCCGGACUUGGAGUUCUUCGACGGAGCGGAGGAAAGUUUGCUCGAUCGAGCUCGUGCUAGUAGCGAAAACUUGAAACAAGCUCUGAAUGUUUUGGAAAGGGAAGGGCUGCUAUUUAGGUAUCUGUGCGAAAUCUUAAAUAUUAGUGACCUGGAGGACUUCAAAUAUGAGCUACACACAAGUCUACAAGUGAUAUUUUGUGACCAAGAGAUGGGGGAAGGUGCGAAGAGGUUGCAAAGUUAUGUCAAUGAAAACGAUAACUCCAAGAUUCAGAAUCAAUCAUAUUUUAUCAAUGAGAAUAAACAAGUUUCGGACGAAGAGGAGGGGUCGUUUCGUGAUCGUGGAGGCUCUUUUGCGUUCGUGAUUGAAUCUCGGAAAAGCCACAAAGUUCCACCGAGAGAUUCGAUGUUUGGGCCUGCGGACGAAUCAGGGAUCGUAGCUGGCGGAAGUGAGUUGAGGUGUGCUUCACGAAGCAAUCAUUCGCAUCUGUCUUGUAACAUCUCACAUCCCGAGACAUCUGCUUCAAGCGAUAAUGCUGAAUUAUUUAAUAAGCACAAUAAUAAGAUGGAGAGUGGUCCGUGCGAAUCAUGGAACGAUGGCAAACAAGAAGGCUUGGCGAAUAUGAGUGACUCGAAUUCAGGGAAUACCGAAACCUCAGUCGAAUCCAGCCUUCAAAUGAACGAAAACAACAUCGAUCCUUCGAACGGAACCGCGAUCAAAGAUUCAGUUCAUGGAGAUAAUUUAGUUGCCAAUGUAGAAAGACCACAUACAACGAUUUGCACCUCGUUUAAAGACGAGAUGGCACUAAAUGAAGAGAACUCCAUGACGGAGAUGUCGAAGGGUAAAUACGAACAUAGCCCCCCCACCAUCUCUCAACCAUUGAACACUUGCGAUACAGCGCAUUCAGGUAUAAACACCACCGAGGAAACCACAUCAGUAACAUCAAGUGAACUCGGAAAACCAAAUGUUGGCAACGAAGUGACUUCUAACACGGGAGGCAAUGACUUUCAAAUAGAAAAUAAUUCAUGUGUAAAUAUCACGAUUGACUCGUGCCAGCAGGGAAUGUCGAAAUCUGAAAAUAAUGCCCCUAUUGGAAAAGCUAGUCUUGCAGAAGAAGAAACCUUUGAUCUUGCGGAAGAGAAAGAAGCCUUAGAUACUCCUGAUGUUUUUCUUCAGGGCACUGGUAUUGUAGAUGAUUUGAUAUCCUAUCUAGAGAGUGUUCAGCUAGAGAACAGCAGUGGUGAUGAGGAUGAACCAUUGAAUGAGAGUACCGAGUAUAUUGUUCCAUUUGGUUUAAGAUCCAGUGGGAAUAGAAAAGUGGGUAUACUUAGAAAAAAACAAUUACAGUCAUGUCUGUCUGCAUCAAGCAUCCAGAGUGGAGACUCAUGCCUGAGUCCAUGGGCGCUGGAUGUGGCCAUGGCCGAAAUACACUCUGCCGAUUCCUCAGAUGAAAAUGAUAAGUCUUCAAGCCCUAAAAGAGGACAGAGGUCUGUUAUUAAACUCUCCAAUGAGAGUAAGGAAUCGCAAGAGAGUAACUCACCCCCUCCCCGCCCGCCACGGCGACGUAGCAAGAAGGGAAUGGUGAGGGCACAUACUGUGGGGACGCCUAAACAGUUGCGACCAAGUGUAAGGACCCUGUCGGAUGAUGAUGAAGUGUUUCGAAAAGAGGAAUUGGGCUAUGAAGGGGACCAGGAAGGGCUCCCUCUAAACCAACUUAGCAGCAGUGCAGCUGAAGUGCGACUCCGUGCAUCUAGUGAUGCACUUGAGGAUGAGCGUAGAAAACUGCGGCGGAGUAGAGGAUCCAAUGUCAUCCUGGAUGAAGACAAUGUUGACUUCCCUUCAUCACCACUGUCAUCACCUACAAGUAGCCCCCAAAGGUCUGCUGAUAACCUGGAUGAUUCCACUCAGAAGUUGCAUGCUAGAAAGUGGGUGGCAUCAGCCGUGAUGGAUAGCGAGAAAGGAUAUCUGUUAUGCCUCAGUACUCUACAUAAGUACAUGAAGCCUUUUAAAGCCUCUCUCAGUACCUCAGCUCCGAUUCUAACAGUGGCUGACUUCAACAAGAUUUUCUACAAGAUUGAUGAACUCUUUACUAUACAUUCCAAGUUCUACAAUGAUCUUGAAGCUAGGGUUGCCAGCUGGAACCCUAACAAAAUUAUUGGGGAUCUAUUCUUGAGUUUAGUGGAGCAGUUUGAUGUUUAUAGAGAGUAUAUUAUGAACUACAAGACUGCCAUUGAUACAAUACACAAAUGUAAAUCAAAUGAGCAGUUCAGCCAAAUUUUUAGCAAGGAAAUAAAGUUGACUGCUAUUCAAGAAGUCACAACUCUUGAAGGCCUCUUUAGCAAACCAGUUGACAGAAUUGGCAGAUAUGUCACAGUACUGAAUGAUCUGAUGAAGCAAACUCCUCAGGAUCACCCAGACCACAGCAUCCUGACUGACGUCCAAGUUUACACCCUUCAGUUUAUCAGCAGGAUAAGUGGUGGUGACCAGAAGGAUGGACCGCAUUUCCCAAGAGUGAAGAGGGACCACCACUUGAUCAAAGAUGGCUUCCUUGUAGAGCUCACAGAUGGUGUGAGGAAAUUCCGCCACUUGUUCCUUUUCAAUGAUGUUCUUAUUUGCACGAAAAGAAAAAUUUCGGGCAGACAGGAGCAGUAUGUAUCCAAAUGGUAUCUCCAACUUUCAGACGUUCAACUACAUCCUCAUGAAAAUUCAGAAGCUGCACAGAUUGUCCCGGUUGCCAGCCAAGCGGACUUUGACCUGUUGAAAGGCAGGAUAGUCAGCCUCAAAGCCGAAAUCAAACAAGAGCAAGGCAUGACGGGACAGUCUGACAACAGCCCUGAUGCCUCCCCAUCCUCCAAGCAAAAACGUGCGCACUCGACCAUCAACAAAAUGGUCGAAAAAUUGAAGAAAAAGCUCGCCCAACAGGAAGCAGCUUUGCUUUUGGCUAUACCCAGUCUCCCCCUUCAUCUGUACCACAGGCAGGGAAAGACGUACACCCUCCUCUGUAAGAGUGAUGUUGAACGAGCGGACUGGAAAGAAGCAAUGUUGCCUCUGUUAAAACAAGAUAAUUUACCAAGCGGCGCACUGAGCUUAUUCGAGCUGCAAACUCUACUUGAGGCGUGUAAGAAGCUCAGAACGUGCAAGACGAUAGGGAAGGUUUCAAUAAAGGAAGACAAGGAAUUGUUCAACGGUGUACUGUACGUACACGUCCAGAAUGGUAAAGGAUUCCACAGAAGCGACUUGUACUGUACACUCGAAGUUGACCACUUUGGGCAAUUCGUCAAGAAAGCAAGGACGAAGAUCGCCAAGACUACAGGGGACCCAGUCUGGGACCAGGACUUUGAUUUGGAGGUCGAGGGGACGAAGGAGCUUCGCAUUCACGUCUAUUGCAAGAGCCGCUAUACGCUACAGCGGGACGAGGAGUGUGGACUGGGCCGAAUACAGCUAAGGAGAGAAAGUCUCGCAGAUCUCAAGAAAAGAACAAUCACGAUCGCCCUGGACAAACAGGGUGCGAUCACGCUAUCCCUCCAGUACUCCAAGACAAGACAAGGAAUCGAGCGCAAGAAAUCCGUGAAUAGUGUGGGGGUCUUUGGCGUUGAUAUCGAGACUGUCACCAGCCGCGAGUCAUGUGACAUCCCGCUGAUCGUGAUCGGAUGUGUUCGGGAAAUCGAAAAGCGCGGGCUGGAGGAAGUAGGGAUUUACCGACUGUCCGGAGCCUCAUCGGACGUGAAACGGCUCAAAGAGGGCUUUGACGAGAAUAGCCAAAGCGCUCUUGUACUCGUGUCCGAGGCAGACAUCCACGCCGUUGCUGGUCUUUUCAAGAUGUACCUUCGCGAUCUGCCUGAACCCCUCUUUACCGACGAGCUCUACGACAAGUUCGUGAAGGCCUACGCUAUGGCAGACGCAGAAGAGAAGAGAGAAACCAUGCUCGAACUCUUUCGGUCUCUACCAACUCCAAACAGGCUUACCGCCUGCUAUCUCUUCCAGCAUUUGAGAAAAGUAGCGGAGAAGAGCGAGGUACACAAGAUGGGGCUCAAUAACCUGUCUACUGUCUUUGGCCCCAACGUAUUACGUCCCUCGCCUAAGACCAGUAGUCCCAUGGACCUCGCGCAAGGAACCCUGGACGUGAUGUCCCAAGUUGGUAUCUUCAUGUACUUCCUGAAACUCGACGCCGAGGAGCUUCACCUCCCAAACGACCCCGAGCUGAUGAGGAGACUAGAUCCCUGUCACGGAAGUGACGUCACAACGGGAGAACCGGAGGUAAAUGACCGGUUGAUAUAAAGGGAUCUUCGGCGAGACGCCGAUGAGUUUAGCUGAUACCGAGCUGAUGAGAAGACAGGGCCCCAGUUACGAAAGUAACGUCACAGCAGGAGAACCGGAAGUAAAUGACCGGUUGAUAUAAAGGGAUCUUCGGCGAGACGCCGAUGAGUUUAGCUGAUACCGAGCUGAUGAGAAGACAGGGCCCCAGUCACGGAAGUGACGUCACAGCACUAUAAGAGCUGAUAGUCGGAUACCGAUAAAUAGAAAGCAACAUGCCAUUGCCCAUCGCUCGUGCUAUUACCUGCCUCUGUCACGAGCGGAGGAGACGCACUUGGUACCAACCUGCCUCUGUCACGAGCGGAGGAGACGCACUCGGUACCAACCUGCCUCUGUCACGAGCGGAGGAGACGCACUCGGUACCAUUAUCUCGCUCUUUACUCAACAAACGAAAUCCACGAGAAAAAAUUAAGGCACCACUUGGUUUCGGCGGCUACGGUGAAUCUCACGAGUAGUUAUGGAGUAUUAGUCAACAGUUGAUAUCAAGGGAGGUGAUAUUCACCGGUUUAUAAGUGAUGACAAUCACUUUAAGAUGACGGUUGCAACUUGAUAUGCUGAUGAGGGUAUGCUGGUGCUAAAUAUGCUUAAGGUUUAUGUACCAUUCAAUGAGCAGUAUAUAUAAGCCAAGAAAUGGACAACUUUCACACAAGAAUGAGAGAAAUUCAGGCUGGUCCCGAGCGUCCUUUGGGUAUCCUGUGGUUAUGGGUUCCCUUUGUACCCAAGCCCCUCACGGACUGAGCUACCACACGAAACUUGAGGCCAGGAAGUAGGCUGAGAGUUGUAACUAUAUUAUACUUGGGGUUAACUUUUUAUAUUCCGUUCAUUCUUAUGAGUACGUAUGUGUGUGUACGCAGCCCUAAAAAUAAUGGCUUUUGCUUAAAUCAAAUUUAUCGUAUUGUAAUGACUCUUCUGGCGUUCUUUGUUAAUUUGCCAAAUCUGUGUACACCUACCUUCGCGUUAAUCAAUCUUACUGUGUACAGUUGUAUGGCCUCAAGUUACAUGAAAACGGUCAUUGAUUGUUUUAAAUAAGUAUCGUUAAAGGAAAUCUCUCGGAUUCGAUUCAUUACAUUAUUAUCUUUAACUUGAAAUCUUGCAAUGCUGUUACGAGAAUUUUAUGUCAUUGGAAAAUUUACCUCUUACAUUUUUAUACCUCAAAUCAUUAAAAACGUGUGAACUAGUUAAUGAUUAUGACAACUGGGAAUACUACUGACGUUUGGUUAGAUUUCUCUGAUAAAUUUUAUAUUCAUGAGUUUUGAAUGUUUAUAGUUUCUUUUCAAAUUCAAGUAAAAAUACUUUCAAUAUUCUUGUAAUUUAAAUACCAGAAACGUAAGUUCCAUAAGGUAGUGUAUUUAUUUCUAUCAAUACAAAAGGUUAUAACUAAAAUAAUAAGAAAGUCAGAUUAUGUUAAUAACACUUAUGCUCGCUAUGAAAUGAAAUACAACUGCUUAUAUUUUUGUAAUCUAGUUAUUUCAAAGAUCAAAUGCGAUGUUCCGAACAAUUAGAGAAAUCUCACAAAAGUACGAUAAUAUAAUAGUAGUGUUCAAGAUAGAACAAUUCUUAUGACGUCACUGGACGCUGCGGCAUCUUGCAACUUGUAUUGUACUAUGACUUUUAUAUGAAAUGUCAUUAAACCUACGUGAAUUCACACACGAGAGACAAUGGGUGAUGGGUAUGUUUACUUGGAACAUUCGAACAGCAAUGUGAUGACGUCAUUUGUAAGAGAGAUGAGACGUGCAAAAGGUCUUUGUAUCACUCUUAUAAAGCUAGAAAAUAGACAACAGUACACAAGAAAUGUAGUAUAUAUAAUAAAUUAUUGUAUAGUUCCAAAGGCAAAUCAUUAAAAAGUUUAUAAUUUA